AUGUCGCAGAACCGUCCUCGAUCCCUCCCACGACAGAGGGAACAGGUCAAAAGGGCAACAUCUUCUUCUCUGACAUACUCUCCUCUGUCAGUGGCAUACUCAGACAGCAAGAAGGAAAGAAGAGUCGAAAAAACGCCGCGAGCCAAAACGAGAUUUGAUGCCGACAGCGCCAGUCGAUGACACCGGCACCGUCCUCUUCUUCGAGGACACAGGUGCACCUCCUGGUUCAUCCACAUAUCUCACCGUUAUCAUACUACAUGGGUCAUACUUUCACGGAUUGACAUUCCAGAAUUUGGUUCCGUAUGCUGCGUCAAGCAAUCUGCGGAUAGUCCGUGUCAACCUACGAGAUUACCCAGGGUCUACCAAGUUCUCUGAGGAAGAGAUGGACGCGAUUAAGAGCGGCGAUCCUGAAAUACAAGCAGGCGCUAUGAAGGCGCAAGGGCAGCAGGUUGCGGCUUUUCUACGACACUUCGCGACAACAUACGGCAUACCUCCGACUACUCAGGCAGACGGAAAGCUUGUCGGUGGCAUGACUCUUGUCACGUGGUCUAUGAGCACCAACCUUUCGAUGUCAUUGCUGGCUCAUGCUGGUUCUCUGCCAGCAGAGACUCGCGAAGUUCUGGGUGAUUAUUUGCGCACAAUAAUUCUUCAUGAUCCCGUGUCCGGCCAGACUUGUGGGGCGGCAUCCCUGCAAGGCUCGUAUUCUCCCCUCCGCGAUGCGUCUCUAUCGCUAGACGAACGAAUCAACUUGGCUCGGCUCCGGCUCUCGUACUAUUUCUCGACUGUGGACGACUUCAAAAGCAUCACAGCUGAGGAACUCAACGCCCGCGUGCCCAUGCACGAGAGCCCGCUCGAGGACCCAUCCAAGACGCCGACGCUGCUCCGCAUGUCGAAGGAGGAACGCGACGCCAUCGGGGACCGCGACGCAUUCGUCCGCUCGACCUUGCACAUCAUCCGCAUCGCUCCCGACGUCUUCCGCGAGAACUUCGAGCGGGCACUAUUCCGAUUGGACGGAAUAUUACCGAAGAUCAGGAUCGUGUGUGCGUGGGGCGACGAGACGAUGAGUGACUGUGUCUUUGCGACCAAAAUUAUUUGGGACAGGCUGGAGGCGGCUCGAGCCGAGAAGACUCGUUUCCGCGAUAUCGAGUUUUACAAACUGGAGGGAUGCAACCACAUGUCGCAUUGGGACCACCCGGAGAAAGUCAUCCAUCUUCUGACUACUCGGGCGUAGCCGCACCUAAAAUUUUAGACUUCUACAUAGCAUAUCAAUACCAAAGAUCUAGACGGCCCGCGGCAUACCUUGGUCGGGGCGACUCGCGGCUUACAUUAUCCAGGAAAUGCUCCAGUUGCAGCGCUACUGAUAAUUUGGGUAUGACAUGAGCGAUCUCUCUAGUGUUUCGAAAAACCAGCUCAAUAUUCCGUUGACCCUUCCUCUUACGAGUUGUAUGAGCUCUCUUUAUCGUUGAUCGGUCCUGACCACUUUCUUUCAACCAAUACGACCGUGAACAUAAAUAAUUUUAAACGUCAAAUCGCCUCC